AUGGCAAGCGAAACUGAAGGCGGCGCAGUCACGGCUGUGAAGCCAAUUAUGUCGCCAGAUUACGUUCAGUCUUUGAUCAAGAUCAAUUCAGAAGAAGCAAGGCGAACAGUCAUCGAAGGCCGCCGCCAAGUCAGCUCCAUCAUUCACCAAGAUUCCGACCGCCUACUAGUAGCGGUUGGCCCAUGCUCCAUUCACGAUCCAAAGGCUGCUCUUGAGUAUGCCUGUCGGCUCAAAGAUCUAAGUAAUAGACUCUCCGGCGAACUAUGCGUAGUAAUGAGGGCAUACCUUGAGAAGCCCCGGACAAGUGUUGGCUGGAAGGGGUUGAUCAACGACCCCGACCUGAACAGCACCUUCGACAUCAACAAAGGCCUCACCACCGCCCGCCAGCUGUUCGCGGACAUCACAGCCAUCGGCCUCCCAGUCAUCACAGAAAUGCUCGACACCAUUUCCCCACAGUACUUCGACGACCUGAUCAGCCUCGGCGCUGUUGGCGCGCGAACGACUGAGUCGCAACUUCAUCGCGAACUUGCGUCCGGCGUCUCUUUCCCCGUCGGUUUCAAGAACGGAACUGAUGGCGGCGUUCAAGUGGCUGUCAACGCCAUCCAAGCGGCCGCUGGGGCGCACAACUUCAUCGGCGUAACAAAACAAGGUUUGGCUGCUAUCAUUGAGACGUCCGGGAACGACAACGGGUUUGUGAUUUUGAGGGGAGGGAGCAAGGGCACGAACUAUGAUGCGCAGAGUGUGAAGGAGGCGAAGCAGAGCUUGAGGAAGAAUGGGCAGAGGGAUGUUGUGGUCAUUGAUUGCUCGCAUGGCAACUCGAAUAAAGACUACCGCAAUCAGCCCAUCGUCGCUGCCAAUGUGGCGGACCAGAUCAGAGGUGGCGAUAAAGGCAUCGUGGGCUUGAUGAUUGAGUCGAAUCUUGCAGAGGGUCGUCAGGAUCUUUCGGAUGAGGGACGGAGAAAUUUGAAGGAUGGGGUCAGUAUCACAGAUGGGUGUAUAGGGUGGGACUCGACCGUGGAGGUUCUAGAGGAUUUAGCGAUCGCGGUGAGGGAUCGUCGGAAGGCGAGGCUGACGCUGUGA